AUGAAGGCUCUUGUAACUGUAGAAGCCACGCGGCUGCUUGCACCCCCUGCCAGUGUGGUCGAUGUCCCAGUAGAGCCACGUACGCCUGAGCGCGAGACGCCGCGCUUUUUCUUGCUCUCCCGAAGUAGUAGGCUCAUCAGUUGCUACAAAGCUCUUCCUGGGCAAGCUUUUGCUCCUCCUCCUGCGUUAGCGGACGUGUAUUGGGCCCAUAGGGAAGUGGUGGGAUCAUUGACAGCUCUUCGGGGAAUGCAGAAUACCAUUUCUUCUGCAGCUUUGGCCAGAAAAGAUGCGUGGUUUUUGAGGCUUGAUGUUGCUGGAAUGUCGACAGCUCAGCUUCGAUGA